UAUUCUCUCCAAUUUUGUGUUUCUCUAUUUUCCUUGAUCAUCAACGUUUACAAGCAAAGAUCAUAGGAAAAUGGAGCAGUACGAAGACGAAGUUGGAGUCAAAAUCUACAAUACGAAUAACCCACAAGAUGAAUCUUCUCAAUUCCCAUCUUCUCCACAACAAUCAACAUUGCCAACACGUGAACAUGGUCGCAAACGACGUGCAAUGGCAAAAGGAGUACAAAAAACUCUAUCAAAGACAUCUAUGUUAGCCAACUUUUUACCAACCGGAACAUUACUAACAUUUGAAAUGAUAAUUCCAUCUGUUACUGGUGAUGGUGUAUGUACACCAGUGAAAACCAUGAUGAUUCUGGUAUUAUUGUGUCUUUGUUGUGCUUCUUGUUUCUUUUUUCAUUUUACAGAUAGUUUCAAAGGACCAGAUGGGAAAGUUUACUAUGGGUUUGUUACUCCAAGAGGAUUGGCUGUAUUCAAAUCGGACCUUGGAGUUGAAACUCCAAAAGAUGAAAGAUAUAAGUUGGGGUUCUCGGAUUUCGUUCAUGCACUCAUGUCUGUGAUGGUGUUUCUCUCUAUUGUUUGUUCUGAUCAUAGAGUUACUAAUUGUUUGUUGAAACAUCAUGUUAAGGAAAUGGACGAAGUUAUGGAGAGUUUUCCAUUGAUGGUGGGUAUCAUUUGCAGUGCUCUGUAUCUAGUUUUUCCGACCACUCGUUAUGGAAUAGGAUGCAUGGCUACAUGAAGUGGAAGGGAUUUGACUCAUUUGAUUAUUGUUGUAAUAAACACCUGGUUGUUCAGGGUAGGAUAUGGAUGUACGUUUACAUGUUCUUAAUGUUGUAUUAUGUACUUCUAGUAUAGUGUCUCUGAUUUACGAGACCAUAAAUAAAACAGAUCUGACAUGAGUUCUCUUCUUA